AUGUCCACUUCUAUUGCACAGGGACUUUUCAAGUCUCUCCCCAAGCCAAAACAUUCAGGUGAGGGGGAGGAGUUGCCACAACAUGCGCAACCCCGUGGUCCGCGCGUGGUGGGCGCCGACCAGCUUGAUGAAACCCAAGUUGUGCUGCGGAGAACCGGCCCUCCACCCUACGGAAACCGCGCCGGAUGGCGACCUCGAGCUGCCGAAGACUUUGGCGACGGUGGCGCGUUCCCUGAGAUCCUAGUUGCACAAUACCCUCUUGAUAUGGGACGAAAGGGGACAGCUUCAACAUCAAACGCGCUUGCUGUCCAGGUUGAUGCCGAAGGCAAGGUCAAGUACGACGCGAUCGCGCGCCGUGGACACGCAGACAACCGAACCGUCCAUGCAUCAUUCAAAGAUUUGAUCCCGCUUCGCCAGCGGGUGGAUAUGGGAGAAAUCUCCCUGGAGAAGCCUUCCGAGGAGGAGAUCCAAAUGCAGAUGGAAAAGACAAAGGCUGCACUGGCAACCCUGGUCGAAGGAGCAGCGACUGCACAAAAGCCGAAGAACGUCAAGGGAGGGAAACGAGCCGAACCGACUUUUGUUCGGUACACCCCAGCCAAUCAGAUGGGCAACAAUGGCCAGCAGAAUGACCGCAUCAUGAAGAUUGUCGAGAGGCAGCAGGAUCCCAUGGAGCCUCCCAAGUUCAAACACAAGAAGAUCCCGCGAGGACCCCCAUCCCCGCCACCCCCCGUCAUGCAUUCGCCGCCUCGUAAGCUGACCGCGGAGGAUCAAGAAGCCUGGAAGAUCCCCCCGCCUGUGUCUAACUGGAAGAACCCUAAGGGUUACACCGUGCCCUUGGACAAGCGUUUGGCUGCGGAUGGCCGUGGACUCCAGGAUGUUUCGAUCAACGACAAGUUUGCCCAGUUCGCCGAGGCUCUAUUCACGGCGGAUCGCCAUGCUCGUGAAGAGGUGCAGCUGCGAUCCUCAAUGCAACAAAAGCUGGCCGAAAAGGAGAAGGCACAGAAAGAGGAGCACCUCCGGCAGCUGGCACAAAAGGCUCGCGAAGAUCGCGCUGGCCCCAGUCAACGCGAUUCUCGGGCUCGCUCCCGCAGCGCCAGCGGCAGUGCCUCAUCUUAUUCCUCCAGGUCUCCUUCCCCCAAUGAGGAUGACGAGGCUGCGCGGGACCGUGCCGAGCAGCGUCGUGAGCGACGACGGGAGGAUGAGCGACAGCUGCGUCAGUCCCGUAUGGGCACAGAACGUCGCAUCCAGACCAUGGCUCGUGAACAGAACCGUGACAUCUCCGAGAAGGUGGCUCUUGGUCUAGCCAAGCCCACGCAAAGCUCCGAAACGAUGUGGGAUUCUCGCUUGUUCAACCAAACCAGUGGCAUGCAAGCUGGAUUUAACGAAGACAACCCUUACGACAAGCCGCUGUUCGCCGCGCAGGACGCCAUCAACAGUAUAUAUCGCCCACGUGCUCAGCUUGACGCCGAUGAUGAGGAUGCAGGCGAGGGCGAGAUGAGCAAGCUUGAGAAGACCAACCGGUUUGAGGUUUUGGGGCGCGCCAAGGAAGGAUUCAAGGGCGCUGCUGAUGCUGAGGAACGCCAGGGUCCAGUUCAGUUCGAGAAGGAUACUGCCGAUCCAUUUGGUAUCGACAACAUGAUUGCAGAUGUCACCGCCGGCAAGAAACGUUAUGGUAUUCAGGAAGCCGAAAGUGACGACCGGGGAUCGAAGCGCGCGAGGGUCGAUGAAGACUGA